AUGGCCACUUCUGAGCUCGACAUGGAGAAUGUCAUUGGUGUGACGGAGGCUGAUCUCAGAGAAGAGCAGAAGCAGGCUAUGGAAAGGGCUAUGGAGGAGUACAGCGGCCGCCGCUUCCCUCGCGCACGGCGUCACCCCGUGUGGGCCGUGCCCGGGCCUCCCACUCCCCACGCGCGUGGCCGCCUCCGAGCGCACGGCGUGCCCUGCGCGCGCCCACCUCCUCCGCACGGCGUGCCCCGCGCGCGCCCACGUCCUCCGGCGACCGGCGGCCCCCUCCUCCGCAGCUGCCUCCCUCGCGUGUGCCCGCCUCCUCCGCACGCACCGCGUCCUCUGCGGCCCCCUCCUCCACGCCCCCCUCCUCCACAGCUGCCUGCUCCGGUCACGUCGCAGCACCCGCGGCCGCAGCACCCACAACAGAACCCUAUAGCCGGCCGCGCCCAAAAUCUGCCCGUGCUUCGCCGCUGCCGUGGAUUCACCUCCGUCCAAGCCCUGUACGUCGACACGGACUCCUGCCAGUUGCCACAAGAGGAGGUGAUUUACUGCUACAAGAGAGGGGAAAAAGAGAUCCUGCAGCAAGAGGGCACAGAGUCAACACAUCCUGGAGGUGUUGGUUCUAGUGAUCAAGAGAGCAAUGGCAUUGAAGAGAAUGAAGGCAACGCUGGUUCUGCUCCAAGUUGA